UAGAAGAAGAACAAGAAAGUCAGAUUCAGCAGUAAAUUGUAGUGUGUGGUUUGUGGAGGCGUAUUAAUUGCAGUGUUUCUAUUUUGUAGGAAGUGGUGUUGUAAGGAGAGGAGUUUUACCUUUUACAAGUAGGAAUUAUUGUCUGUUCAAAAUGACGGAUUCGAAAUACUUUACUACCACCAAGAAAGGAGAAAUAUUCGAACUGAAAUCUGAACUCAACAGCGACAAAAAAGAGAAGAAGAGGGAGGCUGUCAAAAAAGUAAUUGCAUCAAUGACUGUAGGAAAGGAUGUAUCGGCUCUUUUUCCUGACGUGGUAAACUGUAUGCAAACUGACAAUUUGGAACUUAAGAAACUAGUCUAUCUAUACCUAAUGAAUUAUGCUAAAAGUCAACCUGAUAUGGCCAUUAUGGCAGUGAAUACAUUUGUUAAAGACUGUGAAGAUGCCAAUCCCUUAAUUAGAGCUCUUGCUGUCAGAACAAUGGGUUGCAUUAGAGUAGACAAGAUCACUGAAUACUUGUGUGAGCCUCUGCGUAAAUGCUUAAAGGAUGAAGAUCCAUAUGUUCGUAAAACUGCUGCUGUAUGUGUUGCUAAACUGUAUGAUAUUAAUGCUCAGCUUGUGGAAGAUCAAGGAUUUUUGGAUCAGUUAAAAGAUCUUCUCUCAGAUUCAAAUCCAAUGGUGGUGGCCAAUGCAGUGGCAGCUCUGUCUGAGAUGAAUGAAGCAAGCACAAGCGGAUCCCCCCUGAUUGAGAUGAAUGCACAGACUAUCAACAAAUUGCUGACUGCACUCAAUGAAUGCACUGAGUGGGGUCAAGUCUUUAUUCUGGAUUCUCUUGCUAACUACAGUCCCAAAGACGAUCGUGAGGCUCAGAGUAUCUGUGAAAGAAUCACUCCACGUCUGGCUCAUGCCAAUGCAGCAGUUGUCCUUUCAGCAGUCAAAGUCUUGAUGAAGUUUAUGGAAAUGCUUGCAUCAGAAUCAGAUUUUGUUUCAACACUGACAAAGAAGCUUGCUCCUCCUUUAGUGACUCUUUUAUCUUCAGAGCCUGAAGUACAAUAUGUAGCACUUAGAAACAUCAAUCUGAUUGUGCAGAAGAGGCCUGAUAUAUUAAAACAUGAAAUGAAGGUUUUCUUUGUGAAGUACAAUGAUCCUAUUUAUGUAAAGUUGGAAAAAUUGGAUAUUAUGAUUCGUCUUGCAUCUCAAGCGAACAUUGCUCAAGUGUUGUCCGAACUGAAGGAAUAUGCUACAGAAGUGGAUGUUGACUUUGUCAGAAAAGCUGUUCGUGCAAUCGGUCGUUGUGCUAUCAAAGUAGAGCAGUCAGCAGAACGCUGUGUGUCCACUCUGCUUGAUCUAAUCCAAACCAAGGUUAAUUACGUUGUGCAAGAAGCUAUUGUUGUUAUCAAAGACAUAUUUCGGAAGUACCCUAACAAGUAUGAAAGUAUCAUUUCAACCCUUUGUGAAAACUUAGAUACUCUAGAUGAGCCAGAAGCGAGAGCUUCGAUGAUCUGGAUUAUUGGAGAAUAUGCUGAACGAAUUGACAAUGCGGAUGAAUUGCUUGAAAGCUUCCUUGAAGGAUUCCAUGAUGAGAAUACACAAGUGCAAUUACAGUUGUUAACAGCUAUAGUGAAAUUGUUCUUGAAGCGCCCAACCGACACACAAGAACUUGUGCAACAAGUACUGAGUCUUGCUACACAAGACUCUGAUAAUCCUGAUCUGAGAGAUAGAGGAUUUAUUUAUUGGAGAUUGCUAUCAACUGAUCCAGCUGCAGCAAAAGAAGUUGUUCUUGCAGACAAACCAUUGAUCUCUGAGGAAACUGAUCUACUUGAACCAACCCUACUUGAUGAAUUGAUCUGUCACAUUUCCAGUUUAGCAUCUGUCUACCACAAACCACCAACAGCAUUCGUUGAAGGAAGAGCGGGGCUAAGAAAAUCUCUGCCGGCCAGAGCUGGGUCUCAAGAAACAGUCAGAGAAACUACACAAGCUACUGAAGCUUCUGUAAUUCCAUCUCAAGAUUCUUUAAUUGGAGAUUUGUUAAGUAUGGACAUAAGCUCUACAACUAUUAAUCCUACACCAACACCUGCUAUCGACUUACUAGGAGGAGGCUUGGAUUCCCUCUUGGGAGGGGAUGUUAGUGUCACAGCAGCACCUCCUGCUUCUCAGUCAACAACUGGUCUUCUAGGAGACAUUUUUGGCUUUGCUCCUACUCCGUCUAUGUACAUAGCCCCUAAAGUUAAUUGGCUCCCUGCUGACAAAGGUAAAGGAAUGGAUGUUUGGGGAACUUUCUCUCGUAAGAAUGGUCAGGUCAGUAUGGAUUUUACUUUUACCAACAAAGCUAUGCAGCCAAUGAUGGGAUUCGCUAUCCAGUUGAACAAGAACAGUUUCGGCCUAACUCCUGCUCGUCCCUUACAAGUCUUGUCUCCUCUCGCUCCUGGAGUGUCUCAUGAAUGUUCCCUCCCUCUAGGCACUACUGGAGCUGUCCAGCGCAUGGAACCCUUGAACAACCUCCAAGUUGCUAUCAAAAACAACAUAGAUGUGUUCUACUUUGCUUGCUUGGUUCCCAUGAAUGUAUAUUUUGUUGAGGAUGGUCAGAUGGAUAAAAGGGUAUUUUUGUCCACCUGGAAGGACAUUCCCGCUCAAAAUGAGGUCCAGUUUACAUUGACCAAUGUUCAAUGUAAUGCAGAUGCUAUUGUAAUGAAGAUGCAACAGAACAAUGUAUUUACAAUUGCCAAGAGAAACGUCGAAGGACAAGAUAUGCUGUACCAGUCUCUCAAGUUGACUAAUAACAUCUGGGUGCUAAACGAGCUCAAAGUCCAACCAGGCAAUCCUAAUGUCACCUUGUCCCUCAAGUCUAGAGCUCCUGAUGUUGCACCUCAAAUAUUCCAAGCAUAUGAUGUCAUCCUUCAUAACUGAGCUAUUCUAGUGAUUAUUCAUUCCAUUGUAUAGUCUGUUUAUAUUACAUUUCUGCAUAAUCUCCAAUUUUUUAUUUGUAAAACUUAUUUGAAAGUCAUAUGUUUUGUAAUCUGAUAAGAUUGUAUAUCUGAAAAAUGUCCUUAUAAAAUUAUCAGCAAUGUGUUUAAAUUUGAGUUUAUCUGUAUCAAGGAUAUAAUCUUUCUGUAUUAUAAUAUACAAUGUUAUUAGGUUUAAUAAGUCAUUAUAUUAUUGUCAAAAAUAUUAUUGAAAUUUAUUAUAAUAUAAAAUGUAUCAUAGCCUAUUAAAUUAUAUUAUGUUAUAGUUUUGCUUAAGACAAGUAUUUUAGUAGUAUUUAUGUGUAUAAUGUAUAUCUUUAUUCACAACUCUUGCUAAACAAAUGCUAUUAAAUAUUGUUUCUAAAUAUUUAAUUUCUGAAAAUCAAAUCAUGUAAAAUAAGACAGGUGUGAAUUUUUUUUAGGAUACGUUUUAAAAUGACCCGAUUUAUAGUAAACUACAAAUCUCUCAUAGCCAUCUUUAAGAUAACAUCAUAAUAUAAUAAAACUCUGCCUUUAUUUUUAACCUGCAUCUUAGUUUAUCUUGAGUUAUUGUCAUGCUUGUUAAUUUGUUAAAAAUCAUUUUAUUGUAAAAAUAAAUAUUUGUUAGUAAAUAAAAAAUUUUAUUUUGUGUGUGUUA